UGAUCACAUGUAAAUAAGGAAAUGCCGGUUAUCAGCAUUUCUCUCCUCUCGAGCUGGCACUGAUGAUCAGUGUGCCCUGAUGAUCAGUGUAGCCCCAGCAGUGCCACCUGGCAGUGUCCAUCAAUGCCAACUGUCAGUGCUUAUCAAUGCCACAUGUUAGUGCCUACCAGUGUACAUCAAUGCCACAUGUCAGUGCCCAUCUGAGCUGCCAUUCAGUGCCACCUAUCAGUGCCAGUCAGUGCCACCUACCAAUGCCAGUCAGUGCAACCUAUCAGUGCUGCCAAUCAGUGCCACCUAUCAGUGCCAGUCAGGGCCAC